AAAAACAUAGCUACAUUUUAUAAAGUAAAACUAUUUUCGAUAUAAUAUCAAGUCACUUAUUUGCAUCUUACCCGCCUAUAACAUAUGUACGAGAUUAACAAGAAACUGAUAUCACUCUUUGAAGUUAAUUGGUAAUAUAACUUAUAAGUACGAGAAGAUAUAGAAAGAUAUAAAAAUAAUAUAAAUUUAAUAACAAUAAUUUGAAUAAGUGCUUUAAUAAUGCUGAAUAUCUAUUAGUAGCGUGUUACAGACAAAAGCUUUAUUUUCAAAUUUGGAGAAAUAUACACUAUUUUAAUGUGUUCCAUUUAUUAUUUUAAGAAGCAAACAUAUGUUGCGAGAAGGGAGACUAUGAGAGACUAAAAAUGUCUUAAAAAUGUUGAUGUUGAUGAUACAAUAUGUUGAUUACGUCUUUCAAAUUGUUGCAUGAAUAUUUUUGCAUUAGUCACUGUUUGUAAGUUUGCAAGGAAAAGUAGCAUUCUAUACAUUUUUUAAAUAAAAGCAAUAGCUUAACUGUAAAUUUUGUUUAUAUAGCACUGUAUGAUCAAAAUACAAAUGUUCAAAAGUUAUGACAUAUCUAAUCAAUCAAUAAAAUCAAUAAAAUUUAUCUACGUACUAUUAUCUUUUCUAUUUAAUAGAUAUUAAUUCUGUGACACUCUCUUAUUAACAAGAAAAUUAGUGUAAGCACGUGUACGUCGUAUUUAUUGUGCAUGCUGUUGUGCACGUGCACUUGCCUGCAGGACUGUGUGUAUGUAUGAAGCUGUAUCACCCGUAACAUUUCUUGCUCUUCCUUUCUCUUAAAGAUAAAAAGUGCAUAUACACAUAUACUCUGCGGAGCAUAUAAAAUUGCUAUGUUAACAACAACGACUAUAUCCUGUCUUUUGCGCAAAUAAUUCCUUAUAAAUUUUUUUUAUGGAAAGAAAUCGUUCCGUAAAUUUCUUUAUGAAAAAUUUUAUUAUAUGGUUUAUUUUAAGAGGGCAUAAUAUAAGUGUUUGUAUCCCAUGAUAGUAUUUUCUGCUCUUUUACACUAUAGCGCUAAUAUUACACCGCAUUAAAGAUAAUUAGAAAAUUGCGCGGCAAUUUUUACGUUAGAAGAGAGAAGUUGUGGAAUAUUAUCUGAUCGAUCAAUAGAAACCUGAAGGGAAGUAAGUAAAUGUUGUCGUUGAUUUUUCUAUAGCCAUAUGUGUUUCAAACUUCGUGAAGACAUGACCCGUCUCGAAAAUCACCAUUUCAGUCUCAACAGAAUUCUUUUACGUGCCAUAGGCCUGUGGCCAUAUGAACAAUCCAAAUUCUUUCGGCUUCACUUUAUUCUUUUCUCUGGUAUUCUUAUAAGUGCUAUUAUAUUCCAGCUUACAGCAUUUUUGACUACAAGAUGUACUCCGGAUCUGAUUCUUAAGGUUUUCUCUAUUGUGUUCAUAUUUUGUAUUUUUUUAUUACAAUACGUCUCGUUCGGUAUUAAUGUUGAAUCAGUGAAAGAAUUGUUGAUCUAUCUUCAAGACAUACGUGACGAGUUAAAGGAUAAAAACGAAAUCGCUAUCACAGAUGAGUAUGGCCGUGACGCGAAACUUUGCACAGCUGUUCUAACAAUGAUUUCCAUAGUUGGCACAUUCUUAAUAGCGAUUACUCAAGUCUGGUCGGAUGUUCUUAAUGUUAUUUUGCAGAUAAAUGUAUCCCGAUCGCAUAAUGUGCCCAUCAUUACAGAAUAUUUUAUCAGUCAAGAAAAGUAUUAUUAUUUAAUUAUGCUGCACCAGACCACAGCAGUUUAUAUAGGAGUAUUUACAACGGUAGCAAUAGGAACAAUGCUCAUUGCAUUUUAUCACAAUAUCUGCGGCGUCUUUAGAAUUGCUAGCUAUCGCAUCAAACAUUCAAUAAUAUUCAAUAUGAUACAAAACAGCAUAAAAAAUGAAGCUUUGAUAUCCGCAAGGAUAAUCUGUGCCGUGGAUUUUCAUCGUCGAGCUAUGGAAUUAACGAGAAGUAUGGUAUCUACAUUACAAGUAAUGUAUUGUUGCUUGAUACUGUUUGGAGUGGCUGCUUUAAGCCUCAACUUAUUUCGAAUUUGUCAAAUUGCAACUUUGAAAAUUGAUUUUAUGGAGAUGAUUAUCCCUCUUUUGAUGAUUCUUAUUGUUAUCAUGUACAUGUACAUUGCGAACUACCUUGGUCAAGAAGUCAUGGAUCAUUGUAAAGAUGUAUUUCUUAAUGCGUACAACUCUCAAUGGUAUAUAGCUCCCUUACGAGUACAGGGCUUGAUAUUGUUUCUGUUAGAAAGGGGCUCAACGGAGUUUAAACUAAAUGUCGGUGGACUCUAUAAUGCGUCGUUAGAAGGGUUUGCUAUGCUUGUGAAAGCUUCGGUGUCGUAUUUUACUGUUAUAUACUCAACACGAUGAUGAAGCAAAAGUGAAUCAGAUAACAGUAUAGUGAAAAUAUAAGUGAUAAUGGAGCGUACUAAUAUGUUUUAUAUUUCAAAAUAGAAAAUUCCUAUGUUUUGCGCAAGUAAUGCAUUUUGCUUUGUGAACAGAUAGAUAAUAUGUAUGAUUAAAACCAUGUAAAAAAUAUUAGCACAUCUAGUCUUCGCAACAUUCUAAAAUUAAACGUUGUAUACAUAUAUUGUAUAUGCAAUAUAUUCUAUUUCGAAUAUAUAUUAUAAUUUCAAUA